UAGCCCUAAGCCCAAACACUCCGAUAAACCCCAACAAAUAGCAUUUGUCCGGAGUACCGGAGUCAGUAACCAUGAAAACAGGCAAUUAUCGUUAGUAUUUUAUCAGUGAAAAGCGAGUGUAUGACCAGUGGUGUACGGAAUGCAAUCCAAUAAAUUUCUAUGACUCGUAACAGCGAUAGUAGGCUGGCGAAUCCAUCGUGGAUAACCUAUUUCUCUCGCUUCUCUUGUUUGGUUUUUCUCUCGUUCUUCAUCGCGAGUGUUAAAGUGCCACUCUGCAACGCAUCUGGACCAAUGAAACGAGAAAGCAACACUUGAGUAACGAAAAGUGUUAUGAUGCUACAGAAUGCACUAUUUUGAUGCUGUCGUACUGACGAUCUUAGGAUUGGUCAAUAAUCUGCAUUGUGUCGAAAUACUUCCCAAUGUCACAAAUCUAUGGCCCACUAGUGCCAGGGCUAAACUGGAAAUAUCUCCUCAAUUUGUCACUGGUAUAGAGCCAAAGCUCAUACUCCGAGGGAACAAUGAGUCCUUAAAUAUGACAUGCACAGCUGUACAUCAAAAUCCCGAAAAAAGUGAUACAUCACUCGACUACGUUGUUGAUUGGAAAGUGCCUUCCCACGUUAGGGGUAAUCCCUCUAGUAAAAUAACUACAGGCCAGGAUACAAAUAUAGCGUGGUUGUGGUUCGAACAUCUGUCAGAAUACGAUGCUGGGGAUUAUAUCUGCAAUGCAGUUACUACGAGCAAAGCUGUUGUGCCACCAUUUAUGUCUAAUGAAAUUCGUCUAUCUGUGAAGAGUAGUAAGAGUAAACCCACAUUCUGUGGGAAACAAUGGUUCAAAUGUCACUCGUCAACAAUCUGCAUAAUGCAGAGAUACGUGUGCGAUGGAAAAGCCGACUGCUUAGAGGGAGAGGACGAGAAUCCAGAGGCCUGUGGUCCAGACCCAUGCUUCGGUAAAGUUCACUGUGAGGGUCGUUGCAUACCCCCCGAAUGGUGCUGCGAUCAUCGUAACUGCAGUGGCACAUACGGCCUGAGGCCAUGGCCACCAGAAACCCACGAAAUUAGUUACGUGCAAACAGCAUUUUACACUGUCAUUGCCAAUUCUUGGUUUGUUGUAGGCUGUGCAAUGGCAUUUAUGUUCAUUGUUACGAUACUGGUGAUAGCCAUAUGUAGGGUACAAAUAAAACGGGCUAUGAACUCGAGAUGGACACAGCAGAAUCGUACUAAUUGCACUACACGACGUGCAGUGCCAGUAGGAAUACCUAUGUACGAUUUAGACGUCUAUUUGAAUCGCACUGCUGAUAAUUAUCCCAGGGGAGUGAGCAUAAUGUACAAUAUUAACAGUGGCGUGCAGUUUGUGGGAAGGCCUGUGGAGCCACCCCCAUACUCCGAGGUAAUAGCAUCGCCUCCUCGUGAAGGUCCACCGCCCCCUUACGUAUCCUGCGAGAAUCUCAUCGAGCAAACAACGACAAUUGGUGCCUGUGAAAGUACAACCAGUCAAUCAGAACAAAUUGAAACAUCCACUUGUGAUGCAACACCACUCAACAACGAUCUCAGGGAAGAAUCGUCUGGGUUCUCCGGGGUGGUCAUAACAUCUAGAAGCAUACCUGGCCCCCAAGUACCCACUGUAUCUCACAUAUCAACUAAUAAUUCGAGUGCAGUCAAUUCUGCCAGUCGACCUAGACUCGCACUUCCUCAAUCUUUCGAUCUUGAGUACGUGGAGACUGAUGCGUUGUUGUCGGAAAAUUCGAAUAUUACCAUUGCGAGUCCCAAGGAGACUCUUUGGAAGUCCUAUGGGCGGCCUGGUGGAGCUAAAGCCAGGUGGCAGGAGGAGAGCCCCGAUAAACGAUGGUUUCGUCGUAAAUCAGGAAAGAGUGCUGAGAGCUCCCCCUUGAAGAGCAAGGAUCUGUCACUCGCUGAUGCUGAGAAUGAAGGGGUGUUCUUGGAUACUGAUCAGCAGGAGGGACGGCAGGACUUGUGUCAGGAGCCCGGCCCGAGCACGUCAGCUCUUAAUAAUGAGCAAAUAUCCAUUUCAGGGGGGAAUGUCGUGGCUGUUGAUGAUGAUGAUGAGAGGGUCAAUGAGUUUAGUGGUGAUGGGGUCGGUUCAUCUGGAAUGGAUAACAGUGCUUUGGGAUUAAUGACAACACUAGCUUUUUCUGUUCAACCUAGUCAACCACAGAAUACAUUAACUGAUACACAUGCGCAAAUAAAUGAGUCUUCCACUAGUAUGUCUACCACAUUAGUAUCGUCUAGUGAUCAGCGGACUGAAACCAAUGGCCAAAUGUCGGCUAGUGAACCCCUAGUUCUACCAUUACGAGAAUCGUUCAUUGGAGUUCAGAAGAACAGUUAAUCAAUUGAUAUUAAUCGACUUCCUGUUAUUUUCAAUCAUGCUUCCAGUUUUAUUUGACAGAUCAGUAUAUACACUGAGAGAAAGUAAAAUUUUUGGGGGUGUUGUCUCAAUUGUCAAUGCCAUUUAGAGGAGCAGCGUUUCUCGAUUCUGAAAUUAUCAAGAUUACACUCGACACGAGUAUUUCUGGGUGGGAUGACGGAUUAGUUAGGCUGAUACUGGAGAUGUGUGUGAUAAUUUGAGGGAGAAUCAAUUGGAGAAAAAUCUAUUCUUGACAAAUAUUUGGCAUUUUUAUGUUAUGCCAUAAUUACUUCAUUUUUUAUUGGUUUCUACCAAAUAAUUUGAUUAUUUCACCAAUCUCAUAGUUUAUCGAGACAAAAUUUUUGACAUUUUGAGGAGUAACUAAUACACUUCAUUUUUUAUAAUGUGUGUCGAUAACAAAAAAUAAUAUUUCCAGUUGAUUAAUAUGUACGCAAUUAUCUAGAUUUCCGUUCUUGGGAAAAGCGAAUGAUGUUUUGUUGAAAUUUUUUAUUUCUCUCAGUGUACCUUCGCAUCGUCGUUAAUGUACAUAUAAUAGAGAAUAUUUGUAUGAAAAUUAUUACAGAUUAGUGCAUUUUGGGUACUAUUGUAUUCUAAAUGUUUAUUUUUAUUGUUAAAUGUUUCGAUGGAUAGUCGUUGCUUGCCAAUAAUACGAAAUCAUGGUAUUUUCGUACUUAACGGUAUCUGGAGCACUGCACGUUUUUAUUUUAUUCUUGAGACUUUUUGGAAUUUAUGGAGUGAAUGGGAUUGUCGAUGGGACCAACAUUGUUUCUCUUUUUUUUUCAAAUUUAUUAUCAUUGAAUUUAUGUGCGUCAUCGGUAUCAUGAGAGAGUGAUGUUUUGAACCCACCGAUACGAAUGCUAUCUCCAGAAUUGUCUGUCAACUUGAUGAUGGAAUUUCAAUGGUGUUCUUAGAUGUAAUAAAUAUUAUCCCUUUGAGGUAAUGAGGAAAUUUUAAUCCUAUUAGUAUCAUCAACGUGGUUGAAGAUAAAAAAUGUACACUUGUUUUUACGUGCUUCCAAAGAUUACCUAACAGACGAAUCAUAGCCUAUGUCUCUUCGAAUAAUAGUGAAUUGCUUGGUUGAUCGUUGAGUGGUGAUAAAUGAUCUUGAACCUCGUGUGAACUAUAUGAUAGACAAUAACGUUGACCACCUCUCUCUGUUUUCAGUUUCAACAAUUUAAUAUUUUAUAGUUUCAGUUACAAUCUCAGAGUUGAUGAGUAGUACAUUUGCAUAUCAAAUUGUAUACACGUGUUACGAUUGAAGAUUCAAUCUUCUUUUUUCUUCAUUUUGAAUUGUGCUUUGAUGAAAUGUUUAACGAGUUGCAAUGGAUAGUUUAACAAAAUGCUACAAUCAUAUAUUUUUAAUACGCCUGCACCCAGAAUCAAUCGAAUUGAUAAUGCACCAAGGGUAAAAAAAUGGAUGAAUAUAUAUAUUUUUAAAUUUCCGCAGAAUUGCAGAUAGUGCAGUUUUAUUGCAGAUGGCCUAACAUUCCGAUUAGGCUUAUCUUUACUGUUUACUUAAAAGCACACUCGAUUAUACACGAGUUAUCGAUUGUUUCAGUUGGUUGAAAUAUACAAUGUAUUUUAAUUAUGUCGAUUGUAAAUUGAGAAUUAUGGAGAAAUACAUGAACUAUGAGAAUAUUGAA